CCAACUUCAUACUUACAAAUUUCACACACUGACACAGCAAUAACCAUGGCUUCUCCUCCUUUGCCGGUAGCAUACCAAGCAUGGACAAGUCUUGCAGUGCCGGACUGGCUCAACAAAGGAGACAACGCAUGGCAAAUGAUAGCAGCCACCCUCGUCGGCAUUCAAAGCAUGCCCGGUCUCGUCAUCCUCUACGGAAGCAUCGUGAAGAAGAAAUGGGCCGUCAACUCCGCCUUCAUGGCCCUCUACGCGUUCGCGGCUGUCAUUAUCUGCUGGGUCUCGUGGGCUUACAAGAUGUCCUUCGGGGAGAAGCUCCUGCCCUUUUGGGGAAAGGCUGGCCCUGCUCUGGGCCAGCGCUUUCUCUUGAAGCAGGCUGCGCUGCCCGCUACCCCACAUUACUACAAUGACGGGCGACUGGAGACCGCUGAGAUCGAGCCAUUUUACCCGAUGGCGACCAUGGUGUGGUUCCAGUGUGUUUUUGCCGCCAUUGCGCUUGUCAUCCUGGCCGGAUCUGUUCUGGCCAGGAUGAGCUUCAAGGCGUGGAUGAUGUUUGUGCCACUGUGGCUGACUUUUUCUUACACCAUUGGUGCGUUUAGUUUGUGGGGUGGCGGAUUCUUGUUCCAAUGGGGUGUUAUGGAUUACUCUGGUGGUUAUGUCAUUCACCUUUCUUCUGGAAUUGCUGGCUUCACAGCUGCUUAUUGGGUGGGCCCAAGAUCGAAGAAGGACAGGGAGAGGUUCCCACCAAACAAUGUGUUACUAACGUUGGCAGGGGCAGGGUUACUGUGGUUGGGAUGGGCAGGUUUCAACGGAGGAGAUCCAUACUCAGCCAACACAGACUCUUCCAUGGCGGUGCUCAACACCAAUAUUUGUGCUGCCACCAGCCUCCUCGUGUGGACAUGUCUUGAUGUUAUUUUCUUCAAGAAACCUUCUGUUAUUGGAGCCGUUCAGGGCAUGAUCACUGGUCUUGUAUGCAUCACUCCUGGCGCUGGUCUUGUUCAAGGGUGGGCUGCCAUAGUUAUGGGAGUGCUUUCAGGCAGUGUCCCAUGGUACACCAUGAUGGUAUUAGGCAAGAAGUUGAAAAUAUUCCAAAUGGUCGAUGACACCCUUGCCGUGUUCCACACACACGCCGUGGCGGGCAUUCUUGGCGGCGUACUCACCGGCCUCUUCGCCGAGCCACGCCUAAGCACACUCUUCCUCCCCGUCACAAAUUCCAAAGGAGGAGUCUACGGAGGCUCGGGUGGAGUCCAAAUCCUGAAACAGAUCGUGGGGGCUCUGUUCAUCAUUGGAUGGAACAUUGUGGCCACUUCAAUCAUCUGUUUUGUUAUAAGUUUCAUAGUUCCGUUGAGAAUGACAGAAGAAGAGUUGUUGAUUGGGGAUGAUGCGGUUCAUGGGGAAGAAGCUUAUGCAUUGUGGGGUGAUGGAGAGAAACUUAGCCUCUACAAAGAUGAUACCACCCACCAUAAUGUUGUGAUGGCGUCAAGUGGUGCCACUCAAGAUGUGUAGAUAUAAUUGACACAUGAAGAUGAAAAUGCUUGGAUACACAAUAAAAAUCACGACGAGUUAAAAUCACAGGCUUUUGUCUGCGGUGAUUUUAGUUUUAUCAUUUUCCGAUUUUCGUACAGUUUUUUUUAUGACUCUGUUCAAUGAUUUCUUCAUGUUAACUACUGAUUGGUAUUUCAGCUAUAAAUGUAUGAAGCUAUGCAAUUAUGUGUACUA